CUUUCUUUGUAUCAGAAUAAAAGAAACAAAUCAACUAGAAAUCACAUUCCAGCAACAUGCCUUGCCUUUACAUCACCACCAACGUUAACUUGGAUCAAAUUGACACCGAUCCCAUCUUUUCUGAAGCUACUUCUGCUGUCUCUUCCAUCAUCGGAAAACCCAAACAGUUUGUGAUGGUGGUGUUGAAGGGGUCAGUGCCAAUAUCGUUUGAAGGGAACAAAGAGGCAGCGGCAUACGCAGAAAUAGUGUCAAUGGGAGGAAUCAACUCAGAAGUGAAGAGGAAGCUCAUUGCUACGCUGGGUUCCAUUUUGGAGGACAAGAUUUGUGUCCCCAGAACUCGCUUCUUCCUUAAGGUCUUCGAUACUACUGUCUUUCGCAGUGUCUCUAAACUCUAAUUCACAAUCCUCCAUUAUGACCAACAACCCUUUCCAUUGAUCACUUUCUAGUAAUGAUCAAUCAAGUCAUAUUUUGUACUCCUCCUAUUUGUUUCAUUACAUAUUUGCAACUUCAUGUUCAAUUCCUCCAGUUUCUCAAUUACAUGAAUCAAUUUUGUAAAGCUACUGGGGAAUAUACUACCUCCGGUUCUAAUUAUAAGAGCCCGUUGACUAA